AUGUACCCCACCUCACACACCUUCGGGUACAGCGACUCUGUGGUAUCCACUUUGGGGAUCGAUGCGGCCAAGGAGGAAGAGAACGUCCUUAACCUCACCCAGAUGAUGGGCGAGCUGGAUCCCGAGAUCGCUCGGCGUAUUCUCCGAAGACAUGGCGGGGAUGUGCAGAAAGCGGCAACGUCUAUUCUUGAAGGCGACAGGGGAGGAGAUGAGUCGUGGCCCAGCGAACUUCCCCCGCUCACCUACGAUGAUGGGAGUCUGACUGUAGGGCCGAGAACCCCGCCCCCCUCAAAGCCGGAGCAGGACACGGCCGUCAUAGAUCUGACGGAUGAGGACAAGGAGUUGAAAAUGGCAUUGGAGGCGUCUCUGGAACAAACAGGAACAAGAUUCGGACCAAGUGACAGACCGCCUGACCCGAACUGGGCCGUCGUGCCCUCCAACCAAGAAGUACCUUCGGGAGUCUCCCAAGACGACCAGUCGCUUAGUCUCGCCAUCCAAGAAAGUCUGAGCUCGACAUACCAUGAUUUCGACCAAGGCUUUGAGCAGCUACCCUUGGAGCAACGGGUUAGGACAGACUCGCGUCCCGUCGCCCUUCGGCCGUCUCUUCCGGCAUACGCCUACGCAGGAUUGUUGUUUCAAGGGUUGUAUUUUGUCCCUCAAAUUCGCAAGACACUAGCGAGCUGGCGUCCCUCUGCCUACCAGGCUGGUGUCGAUCUUCGUCCUCCAAGCGACGGUCCAGAGCACAUUGUGUGGUCACUGAUCGAAAUAUUCGCAAAUAUGGACCUCGCUGUCUUAUCUGAGCUGGACGUCGACGCCGUCCUCGCGGCAGUCGAUAUUGUUGCUCCAAGCCACGCGACUGAGAGUCCAGGCGAUCUCACUAGCCAGUUGUACACGAAAGUGGCCCGGAUCACCGAUUCGGUACUUCAUCAGGCAUCCGCUGGCGAUUCGAAGGACCAUUCCAGAUUGCUUCAUUUCCGCUACGGCCCCAGUGAUGCCAGAGAGGACGCAUAUGCGUUCGAUCGAUGUGUCGACACUGCCGUCGUCAGAGUUGACGUUCAAGACGGCGACCAGAACAAGGAUCUGAUCUCGUGCCUUUCUGCCCAGCUGUCAAGAACUGAACCCAACACGAAACAGCAAGUCAUUUUUGACUCAUCAGACGUAGUCGCGUUCCAGCUCGUACGUCAUGAGGCGUUGCCAUCGUACUCGGGUGGCGUGCCGCCGCUGCGGGAGCGUUUCCGCUAUCCAAAACAGUUAUAUCUCGAUCGCUUUAUGAAGGAACGUUCUGAGCUUGCCGAAGCCAAAAGGACUCAGCAACAAGAAAUCCAUGAGGAAAUUCAGCGCCUGGUCUCGCGGAAGGCAGCGCUGACACAUUUCAACAAUAAGAACACUCUGAAGGAUAUCAAAUCCUCACUUCAUUAUUAUGAGCACAUAGCUAACAAGGACGAUGCGGAGCGAAAAGAGUCCGUCGAAGCGACCGCCAUGAAGCUGCGCAAAAUCUUGACACGCAUCGAAAACGAACUAGAGACGAUCGACAGCCAGGUCGGCAAGCUCAAUGCUCAAUCGGCCACUCUGUUUGAGGGUCCAGAAUUUCGAAAGCACCGCUAUGACCUCCGUGUCGUCCUCGUGCACGACGGUGUGUUCGGGCGUAGUCAUAUAUACUCUUACGUGCAACAAGAUAAGACAUGGUGGAAAACUGUUGACUACUCUGUCGCUGAGGUCUCCGAAGAGACCGUACUCGAGGACUCGACGGGUCUCCACCUCGGCGCAGGACCCUAUCUUUUGAUAUACAGCAGAGCAUUGCCAGAGAACGAGGCAGAGAGAGCAUUGCCGUGGCCCGAGGCCAUAAAGCAUUCUGUCAAGUACAAUAACAAGAUAUUCCUCGAUGCCUUGCCUGCUGAGGUAGCCAGCCAGGCGCGCUUUUCCUCACCUCCGACAUCGCCUUACCAAUCUGCGUCUGAAUGGGACACGCCGCCGAACGCACCAUCGAGUCCACGGGGCGAGCCGAUGGACGUUAGCAAUUGACUAUAGUAUCCGGACCCUGUGAUGUGAGAAGAGCGCCGAAGCUGUUGGACAGCCACGAAUGGGCGUUUAGUACAUGGCCUGUAUCCAUUCGGAGAUAUCUCACGCAGAUGAAGUGGUGUAAUUUUCUUGUAUGGCUAACAUUUUAUGCACGUGUAGAACAUGUACAUCAGACGGAGCUACAGGUACGGCCUUACCCGAAGUUGCUGGGCAUGUAUUAUUUAGUGAUACAUGAGACGGAGAUGUAGGGCACACGGCGUGCAAGAGUUUUUACAGUCUGGUAGGACGACGUUCUUCAUCCCCAGCUACACCUAGCCUUGGCUUUCUUCGUUUCCGUAGGCGUUGCUCUUGUGCUUGGGUGUGAAAGACCAGGACUCGGGUGCAGGGCCCAAGAACAUCUCGGAUAUCUUGACCCAGUCCCGACUAUCGCCACUCGCAAGCAACGUUUCGAGGUCAUCGCGCCCGCGGAAUAGGGGCGCGCGGUCGUUAAUUCGUCCUGGAAGAUGUUCGAGCAGGCCGAUCGGCACGUAACGGUAUUGGAACGAGAGCGCCUCGCAGAGGUACCGGCGCGCCGUAUUCACACCCGCCGUGUCAGUACCAAAAUGGUUUAGGCCGAACUCUGCAUACUGACGAAUCAACUCCAAACGCUCUUUCGAGCUGAUAUCCCACUCCCUUCGCUCUUUAAUUUCGGUGAAAAUCCAAGGCUUGAUGAGGGCACCACGGGCCACCAUGACCCCGUCCACACUGUAAUUUUCGACAGCAUGCCAGUAGUCCUGCGAGGAAAAGCAAUCGCCUCCACCGAAUAUGGGAAUUCUGGGUAGAUCUUCUUCCUCUUCACGAGCGCGUACGGCCUCGACGCAGCUCUUGAUAUAUUCCCAAUCUGCCAAUUUAGAAUAGCGUUGCUGCCGCGUUCUGCCAUGGAGAGUCAUCGCAGAGACGUUCCAUUCGGAACUGAUCCUUGGCAUCAACUUAUGUGAAGUAUUUUUUCCCUCCUUGACUCCGGUACGUAGUUUGAUGGUUAAGGGGAUCUCUCCGAGUGCUUUAUUCAUCCCAAUCAGAAUCUUGCCAAGCUUUCCAGGCGUGUCCAGCAAGGCCGAACCGCUUCCAGUUCUGAACACCAAAUCUAUCGGGCAUCCACAAUUGAGAUCAACGAAGUCUACGCCGCCUGAGCACUCCUUGGCAAUCACUUCGGCCGUAGGGACGAGUAACGAAGGUUUACUCCCCGCAAGUUGCACGCCAAACAUCGUCUCAGACGGGUGUCGUCGGACCAAUGACCAUUCCUCUUUUGACGCGGAGAGGAAGGAGUUCGCCAGGCC